UAUGAUUUUUUAAAAUUUACACGAUUUUUCAGUCUGUAUUUAUUGCUUAUGUAUAACAUUUUUCAAAAAAAAAAUUGUGGGCUUAACUCGAGAAAUUGGACAAGCAAAGAAAUACCCAUUGGUUAGCACCAGAGUUUGGAUAAUCUUAAAACUUAAAAGACAAGGCAAAAUAAAUCAAAUUCAAAUCCAAUAAAAAAGCAAACCAAGGGGAACCAAAAACCUUAAUUCCAAUUUCCAACUCUUCCAAAGCCUUUUACAACGUAAAAAAAAAAAAAAAACAAUCUCACUACUCUCAAUCACGCUCUACUUUCCCUUCUUCUCCUUGUUCUCCUAACAUUACGUCACCACGUGCCAAAGUAUUAACACCAAACAAACUAUUUUUAAUAUCUUCUUUCUCUCUCCUCUUUCAACUCACACCUUCCUUCUUCCCCUUCUCUCUCUAAAACCCCUCCUUUUCUUCUCCUCACUCUCUAUUCCCUUACUCACUUUUUUGGUCUACCUAUUUUCUUCUCCUCUUUAACACCCCCCUCCCAAAAAAAAAAAAAAAAAAAAAUUAUAAAAAUGCGACGACAAAGAGAAGAGUACCAAUCCAACUCGUUCCGAUGAAACUCACCGAGUCAAACUCGUCGUCGAUAAUGGCGGCGAAACCUUCGUCAACAUCAACAACAUCUUCGUCAACAUCUUCGCUACAACAUCGUUCAGUACUCGCAAUCGAUCUCAACGAAGUUCCAUCUCCUUCAGAAACCCUACCUUCUCCUUCGAGUUUUAUUCUGUCUCCAACUUCGAUUGUUCGCUCUAUUCACGACAACCCUCCGUUGCCGGAGGGUCCUCCGGCGGAGAUCCCGGAGGAUGUGACGCCGUGCGCCGGUUGCGGCGGACCUUCGCCGGAGUUGGUUUCCGAGAGGUUGGUUUGUGAUGGGUGUGAGCGUGGGUUUCAUUUUAGUUGUACCGGGGUUUUGCCGGGUUCGGCGGUUGUGUGGGAUGAGUGGGUUUGUAGGUUCUGUACUGCGGAUGGGGUUGGGAGUAAGAGGUGGCGACUUGGGAGGAAGGAGGAGAGAGGGUUUAGGUUGCUUGAUAUGAAUGCUUCGCCACCGAGUGAUUGUGAUGGCGAAGCUUUGGCUGCUGUCGAUGCUGCCACUGCUGCCGCCGCUGCUGCUGCGGCUGGUUCUAGAAAUCUCUGUUUUGGCAAUAGCACUAUCAGCAGUUAUGCACCUGGUGGCCUGCUGCCAUAUCCCCAAUUCAUCUAUUCGGGUAAUGGAUUUGGCUUUCAGAAGACAUCUACUAUAGUAGCACAUACUGUGAGAUUGGAUCCUCAAGAUAUUUCACAUAACAAUCGGUCUACAGCUAGAAGCUUCGAAGACAUAAAAUAUGGUUCUCAGUUAGAACGAGUUAGGACUAGUGGCACAACAUUUAGGUUACCAUCUUGGAAUUCAAGUGAAGUUUUGCAGUCUCUUAGAGAUUUUGUUUCUGAAAGGCAUGGUGUUCUAGAGGAUGGUUGGCGUGUGGAAUUUAAACAAUCUAAGAAUGGUUGUGAAUCAUAUGCUGUUUACUGUGCACCAGACGGGAAGAUGUUUGAAACCAUGUCUGAUGUUGCUAAUUAUCUUGGCUUAUCAUCUCAUGGAACUCCUUUGGAGCUUGAAACAAGAAGUGAUUAUGGCUCUACAUUACGAAGGAAUGGGUUGCAUACACCCAAAAGAAGGAAGUUAAUGAAGAUUCCAGUAGGCAAUGGUUUUGUGGAGAACAAGGACAAUUUGAAGAGUAAUUAUAGUAAUAGUUUCUUUUUGAAUUCGCAGAAAGACAAGUUCAUGAGUAUGCCUGAAAAAAUUAUAGAAGUUAUGGAUGCUGCACAAGAAGAAAAUGGCAUCACUGGCAUCGAAGAAAAUGAAGGGCUCCCUCUCCAGUAUGAAGAUUUGUUUGUUCUUUCCUUGGGGAAAAUUGAUACAAGAACAUCAUACCAUGAUGCUGGUCAGAUUUGGCCUGUAGGUUAUAGGUCAUGUUGGCACGAUAAAUUUACUGGCUCUCUUUUUCUUUGCCAUGUAUUGGAUGGUGGUAAUACAGGACCUGUUUUCAAGGUUAGAAGGUUUGCAUGUUCUGCACUCCCCAUUCCUUAUGGGUCAACUGUUUUGCAGAGGAAAAGUGGUAUCUGUUUGAAUGGUCCAGGUAAAGAAGUUGGAGGGAAAACAAUUCCCUUAGAAGAAGAAUGCUGUAUUGAGAUGCUUCUCUCAGAUCCUUGCUUCCCACCAGAAGAUGAUUCUUUGUCAUGGCUUCUAAGUAGUCCAAAUGAGGUUAAUGGUCAGAAGGCUAUCAGUUCAACACUUGAAGUCCAUUCUACUUCGGAGAAGCCAGAAGAUUACUUGGCUCAUAAUCUAUCUACAGGUGAGAAGAUUGGUGAAUUUUCAGUAGAUGGCCGCUCUUCAUCUGUUGUUUGGAGCAAUAUAUCCCAGAAACUUGUUGAUGCUUGCCGCCAAUCGUACAAGCAGAUGGGCUCUCUGAAGUUCUUCUGCAAGCAUGUUGAAGAGGGCAUGUCAUCUGUCUGUGAUGUCAUGACUUACAAGGACAAAGAUGCAUUUUCUUCAUUGGAUAAAUUUUGUAGCUUGCUGGGCUCACUGAAGGUCCCAUUGUUAGUAACAAGUGAUGAUGAACUUGAUUCAACACUUGAAGCUCUAAAGAACUGGUUGAGUGUGGAUCGGUUUGGAUUGGAUGUAGAAUUUGUCCAGGAACUUAUUGAGCAAUCUCCUGAUGUCCAUCAAUGCUCAAAUUAUGAAAUUUUGAAGAGAAGAAAUGAUAAUUUUACCACGCCAUUGGUUUGUAAUGGGCUGUUACUUGUCAACGGGAAGAACAUAGAGCAGUGUAAACAAGACAAGGUAUUUAAUGGCCUGUACAAAAAUUACAGGACAACUGAGGAGCUUGCUGGCACUGAUCAUAUUCGUCCCCCUGGGAAGCAUCUGGGUGCUAAGCUUCCACCUCAGCGAGUUGGAGAUGUUCUUCAGGUGUGGGAGUUACUUCGCCGUUUUCAUGAGAUUCUGGGUUUGGAGCCUGUGAAUUUUGAUGAACUUGAGACAGAACUCAUUAGCUCUUGGUUUGAGAGUUUGUCGCAUCAUGGAUUUCGCGAAAGGGAUUCUCUAGGUGAUCAUGCUGUAGAUGGAUCCAGUAUCCUGAGUGAGCAUACUUCCUCAUCGAGUAGUGAAAUUGCAUGUCCUCCCGAAGAGAAUACAUUUAUAGAAAUGCAGUCCGCUGCUGUGAGGGAAGAGGUUCAUGCCAGUCAAGUAUCGUGUACUAACAGUAAGUGCGCUGGUGUUUCAUUGAAGAGGGCCCACAUCUCUUUGCUUGAUGUGCUUGUGAGUGAGCUGCAGAUAAAGGUUGCAGCAAUGGUGGAUCCAAGCAUAGACACAGAGUCGAAGUCAAGGCGAGGUAGAAGAAGAGAUGUUGACAGCUCAAUUCUUGCAAUUAGGCCAAAGCUUAAUCUACUGCCUAUCAAUGAAUUGACUUGGCCAGAAUUGGCUCGGAGAUAUAUUUUAGCUGUGCUGUCAAUGGAUGGGAAUCUUGAUUCGGCUGAAAAUGUUAUCCGUGAAUGUGGAAAAGUCUUCCGUUGCUUACAGGGUGAUGGAGGGGUCCUCUGUGGCUCUCUAGUUGGGGUUGCUGGAAUUGAGGCUGAUGCACUGCUACUUGCAGAAGCCAGAAGGCGGAUUUAUGGAUGUCUAAGCAGUGAAAAUGAUAGUCUGACCAUAGAGGAUGAUGAUCUGGAACCAGUUGGUACUUCUGAAGGGAUGGGUAAUGGUGAUGGAAUCAUUCCAGAUUGGGCUCAGGCCCUAGAACCUGUAAAGAAAUUGCCAACUAAUGUAGGUACAAGAAUCAGAAAGUGUGUUUAUGAGGCUUUGAAUAAGGAUCCACCCGCUUGGGCAAAAAAGACCCUGCAGCACUCUAUUAGCAAGGAAGUUUACAAGGGCAACGCUUCUGGACCAACUAAGAAAGCUGUCCUCUCAGUGCUGGCAGACGUUCUCAGUGAAAGCUCACAACAAAAAGCUCGCAUGGAAAGAAAAAAGAGGACAAUUGUUUCCAUAUCUGACACUAUUAUGCGGAAAUGUCGAAUACUUCUGCGUCGUGCUGCUUCUGCUGACGAGGAUAAAGUAUUUUGCAAUUUGGUAGGGAGAAAUUUGAUCCAUUCUUCUGAAAAUGAUGAUGAAGGAAUGCUUGGUUCACCUGGGAUGGUGCCUCGCCCACUAGAUUUUCGGACAAUUGACUUGAGGUUGGCAUUUGGAGCCUAUAGUGGAUCACCUGAAGCCUUUCUUGAAGAUGUUCAGGAGUUGUAUAAAAAUAUACGAAUCGCCCACAUAGAGCAGCCAGAGCUGGUUCAAUUGGCAGAAUCAUUGUCCGAGAGUUUUGAGACGCUUUAUGAGGAAGAGGUUGUUUCUCUUGUUAGCAAACUUAAAGAGUAUUCAGAAAUGGAACAGAUAAGUACUGAAGCAAAGAAGGAGAUUGAAGAUGUAUAUGCCUCCACGAGAGAUAUUCCUAAAGCCCCAUGGGAUGAGGGUGUCUGCAAAGUCUGUGGCAUUGAUAAAGAUGAUGAUAGUGUUCUUCUAUGUGAUACUUGUGAUGCUGAGUAUCAUACUUACUGCCUGAAUCCUCCUCUUGCUAGAAUCCCCGAAGGUAACUGGUAUUGCCCCUCUUGUGUUUCUGGGUUAAGUAUGUUAGGGAGAACCUCUAAAGGUGUUCAGUUAAUUGGCCAACGACAUCGGAGAAAGAAUUACGGAGAUGGGAUACGUAAUUUCUUGGAGGAGCUUACUCAAUUAGCUACUGUAAUGGAACAUAAGGAGUAUUGGGACUUCAGUGUAGACGAGAGAAUUUUGCUACUUAAGUUUAUGUGUGAUGAGGUGCUUAAUUCAAUUUUAGUCCGUCAACACCUAGAGCAAUGUUUUGAAACGUCUGCCGAUCUGCAGCAGAAGCUGCGGAUGCUAUAUUCUGAGCUGAAGAAUCUCAAGUUACGGGAAGAUGUACUGGCUACCACAGCUGCAAAACUCGUGUCUAGUGUCCCAGUUGUGACAGGAGAUGCUACUACUGAGGGAAAUAUUGCCCCAAUAGCAAACCCUAGCAAUUCCACAGAGCUUCAGAAUUCUGUAACUGAAAGAAGUGAAUGCAUUUCUUCUUUCUCUGAUAAUGCUCCUCAGGCUAAAAGGGAUACGGGUGCUUUGCAUUCCAACAGUCAUAGGAGACAUGAAAAUGUUAAUUACUUAGAGAAAAUUAGUUCUAGUGACAGUCAAGUUAAGAAGCCAGUAGAUUCUAUGUGUCAAGUGAAAGAUCUUGUGGAGAUUGUGAAUGAAGAUAGUGCCUCUGUUGAAAAUCAUGACCCUCACGAGCGAUCAUCCAAACGUCAUAAAAGCGAACCAUUACAGGAUUGCUCUGUUUCUAAUGCUGCUCUGCCUGAAACUAGUGGAAUGGAUAUUGAAUCUUCUUGCCAUGGUAGAGCACAUGAACACAGCAUGCCAGGAGUCUCUGUUGUGUGCAGAUCUGAAGAUAUACCAGGAGUUUCUAUUUCUUCGGGUCGUGUGAACUCUGAGACGACUGAAAAUGUCUCUUGCUCUACUUCAAAUGAGUUGCAAGCUUCCAAUUUGGAGCUGAAUUCUGUGCAGAAGGAGCUGUCUGUCCUUCAGCAGUCAAUUGCAGAUGCAGAAUCACAACUUUUGAAGUCUUCUGUGCGCAUGGAGUUUCUGGGUAGUGACUCUUCUGGUCGAUUGUAUUGGGCCUCAGCCCAGCAUGGUGCACGUCCUUGGAUUAUUGUUGAUGGUACUUUGGCCUUGCAACCUAAAGCACAACAUGUGGGUCAGGCAAAGAGGUGUGAGGGUUUCUUUUUUGAAAAUAUAUCUCCCUCUGUAUCUGAUAGCCAUUUGAGUUUUGAGGGUUCUAGUGCAGCUUGUCCAUUUGUUUAUCGGCAUGAUUGUUCUCGCCCAACCUGCACACAAUGGGUCUAUUAUCAAUCUGAGGAGGAGGUCAAAAAUUUAGUCAAGUCAUUUCAACUUAACAACCCAAAAGAAAGAGAACUGAAGGACUCUAUUCUAAAUUGGCAAAAGUUGAGAUGUCAUGACUGGCAUCAAACUAGAAAACAAGAUAAGAUCUCUCUGUCCAUGUCAAUACCUGCAGAAGAGAAUGAUAUGCCUGGUCUUCUAGUCACGAGAGCAGACACUCUUCUUGAGCGUAGCUAUGGACCUUUUUGUCAGGCAGAUAAGAUGGAAGAUGUAAAGAUACGACUCAGGCGGUCAAGAGAGACCAGUGAUGAAAAAUUGUAUAGAUGUAGAUGUCUUGAACCCAUAUGGCUUUCCAGACACCAUUGUCUCUCUUGCCAUAGAACCUUUUACACCUCGGAGGAACUUGACAAUCAUAACAAUGGCAACUGCAGAUCUAGUUUAACAGUUCUUGGGAAGAGAAAAGAUAGCGAUGAACAUGUUGGGGGAAGGAUCAUGAGAAAACAUGAAGCUCAACAGCAUUUUGCCAUGGUAACUGAUAGAGUUCCAACAUCUAAACCUGUAGAUUCUGAUCUGUCAAAAUACUUUAAAUUUCGAAAUGAGGGUUUAAAUUGUCCUCACAAAUUGGAAGAAGUUAGUUCAAAAUUUGUCACAAAUGACUCCAUCAAAGAAUUAGUGCGUGGAAUAGGAUUAAUUGGUUCUGAAGGAACACCGUCUUUUGUGUCAGCUAUGUCUCCUUAUUUGAGCAAUCCAACAUUGAGGUUUGUAGUAUCGAAACAGGAUAUUUCUGCAGAUGUUGAUCAAAGCAUGGUCCCUGAACAGGCAGUUGGCCAAAGUGACCAGUUUCCAGGUAAAAGCUGCACUGGUAAUGUGGUUGAUCCUGGCAGUCAAACGUUUAUACCAAACAAACAUGAUGAGAUUUCGGAAACUGGCUUGUUACAACCAAGAAUCUCUCGUGAAAGAUCAAUGAAAUUUCCAGCAAGUAAUAUUGCAUCCUCUACCUCGACAGAUACGUAUUGUACUGUACCAGAGUCUUCAUUGAAGCCUGUAGUUGGUAGAGAUGCUCAAAUUCUGAGACAACUUAAAAUUUGCUUACUUGACAUGGAAGCUGUGCUGCCUGAAGAAGCAAUUAGACCAUCAAAGGUUCAUCCAGAUAGAAGAAGAGCCUGGCAUGCCUUUGUAAAGGCAGCAGAAACUAUAUUUGAGAUGGUCCAGGCGUCGAUUGUACUUGAAGACAUGAUUAAGACAGAGUACUUGAAAAAUGAACGAUGGUAUUGGUCGUCGCUAUCUGCAGCUGCAAAAACUUCUACUUUGUCGUCACUUGCGCUGCGUAUAUAUGCCUUGGACAAUGCCAUUAUUUAUGAGAGAAAUGUAUCUGAUCUAACAGUGGCUGACAGUUUGAAGCCCAGUGCUGAUGUAGAUCAGCAAUCACCCUCUAAUUUGGACUCAUCAGAGAAACCCAAGCAGGGCAGGAGAUCUAGUAGGAGGAAGAGGGAUGCUGAGGGUUGACAGGGGUUAAGAUGUAUGCUUGCUUGGCAUAAAUUUUCCAUUGAAUUUGGAUCCCAGUUGAAGUGGGUGGCAGCAAUUUUAUUGCGAGAUGAUUAUCUUCCCUGACCAUGUUUGUUUCUGGUCAUAAGGGUUACAACAAAAACUGAACACCAUAAUAUGGAGCCUCAAGGCAUCUGUAUUUGCUGCUCAUCGCUGAAGGUCUGAAGGGAUUCAAGGCUGACAUGCUAACUUGGAUUCUAGGGGAAAGAACUAAGUUUCGCACAGAGACAGGUGAAGUGUAAUUUUCGACUAUCGCUGCAGCUUCUUGAUUUUAGUUUCUUUGGUGGGAAUGGGUACCUUUUUUUCAAGGUACCUUUUUAUUGAGCUAAAUUGAUAUGUAAAUCAGAAAAUGAUGUAAAGAUAGUGUAGGAAUAGAAAUGUAUAAAUAACAGUCUUUAGCAGAGUUAGUCAAUUGUUCAUUUUUUCACAGCCUUUUUGGCUUCAACUUACCAUCUUCACCGUGUUAGCUCUAAUUUUCACUAGUUUA